CCAGACAGGCAUCCCAGUCGUCUCUCUUUCACUUGCUCUCUAGCGAAGGGAAGAUGAGCCAGUGGAGCUCAAAGUCCAGCCAGCCCAUGGUCACCGAGCAGGAAGAAGAUGGCACUGAGAGGAUGGUCACAGAUAUCCAGAAUGCAGAGGAUCAGAACCUGCAGGAGCAGGUUUGCCCUGAGCCCAUUUUCAGGUUCUUCAGAGAACACAAGGUAGAGAUUGCAAGUGCAAUAACAAGACCAUUUCCUUUCCUUAUGGGCCUCCGAGACCGCUCCUUCAUCUCUGAGCAGAUGUAUGAACAUUUUCAAGAAGCUUUUAGAAACCUGGUCCCAGUGACAAGAGUGAUGUAUUGUGUACUCAGUGAACUGGAGAAGACGUUUGGCUGGUCACAUCUGGAAGCAUUGUUCAGCAGGAUUAACCUGACGGCCUAUCCUGAUUUAAACGAGAUUUAUAGAAGCUUCCAAAAUGUAUGCUAUGAACACCCACCUCUCCAAAUGAAUAAUGUAAUCGAGUCAGAAGACAGACCCAGAUUACUACCAUAUGGUAAACAAGAGAACAGCAAUGCCAGUCACGAAAUGGGUGAUGUAGCAGCGCCUCAGGAAGCCUUGAGCCCCUCGCCAAAGUGUGAGCCAGGUUUCUCUUCAGAGUCUUGUGAGCAAUUAGCCCUCCCAAAUGCUGAUGGAGGAGACACAGAAGACGCACCUAGUCUACUACCAGGUGGGGGAGUGUCCUGUGAACUUGCUAUACAAACAGAUGAAGGAGAAUUAGAUGAAAUGCCCACGUUACUGCCUUACGAUACAGAAGUUCUAGAAAGCAACAGGAUGACAGAUGCAGCAAGAACAUACAGCACAGCACCAGGGAAGAAAGAGGGAGACGAGGAAGGCAGGAACAGUCCCGGAAAAAGAAACCAAGACAAGGAGAAGUACCAAGAAAGUCCAGCGGCAAGAGACGGAGAGACUUUUGAUCUAAAAACUCCCCAAAUCACUAAUGAAGGAGAACCAGAGAAGGGGCUCUGUCUACUACCAGAUGAAGGAGGAGAGGGCAGUGAUGGCUGUUCGCAAAUGUGUGAUGGAGAAGAGCCCCAGGAAGCCUCUAGCUCCCUAGCAAGAUGUGGGUCAGUUUCUUGUUUCUCUGCAGAGAACUUGGAUCUAAAGACUCCCCAAAUCACUAAUGAAGGAGAACCAGAGAAGGGGCUCUGUCUACUACCAGAUGAAGGAGAAGAGGGCAGUGAUGGCUGUUCACAAAUGUGUGAUGGAGAAGAGCCCCAGGAAGCCUCUAGCUCCCUAGCAAGAUGUGGGUCAGUGUCUAGUGAGCUAGAAGAUCACCCAAUGAAUGAAGGAGGAGAAUCAGAAGAGCUUGCUUGUAGCCUGCCACACGAUGAUGUAUCAGGAGCAGAGCAAUCAGCAUAUGAAAAUGAGAAGUGUUCCUGUGUCAUGUGUUUCUCAGAAGAGGUGCCAGGAGGCCCAGAAGUAAAGAUGGAAAGUGAUCAAGCAUGUGGCACAAUGGAUACUGUGGAUAUUGGAAACAACGCUACUUUGGGAAAACCCAAGAGGAAAAAAAGAAAAAAGAGGGGGCAUGGCUGGACCAGAGUAAGAAGGAGAAUGCAGAAAAACGUCCAACAAAAUGAAAACAGCAAAGCCGAUGGCCAGGUGGUCUUGAAUGAAAAGAAGGCGAACGUGAAUCUGAAAGGCCUUUCCAAGAUUAGGGGGAGAAAGAGAGGCAAACCUAGAACCCACUUCACUCAGAGUGACAGAGCUCCACAGAAAAGAGUCCGAUCAAGAGCUUCAAGAGAUGAAACUGUGGAUUUUAAGGCUCCUUUACUUCCAGUGACCUGUGGUGGGGUGAAGGGAAUUUUACAUAAGAAGAAAUUGAAACAAGGAAUCUUGGUGAAGUGUAUACAGAGUGAGGAUGGAAAUUGGUUCACCCCCAGGGAAUUUGAAACCAAAGGAGGCCACGCAAGAUCAAAGAACUGGAAGCUGAGUGUGCGCUGUGGCGGGUGGCCCCUACGAUGGCUGAUAGAGAAUGGAUUUCUGCCUAAUCCUCCAAGAAUAUAUUACAGGAAAAAAAAGAGAAUACUGAAGUCUCACAACAAUACCUCGGUUGACCUUUGUAUGAGAAACUUGGAUGAGUGUGAGGUGUGCCGGGACGGAGGGGAGCUGUUCUGUUGUGACACUUGUUCAAGAGUCUUCCAUGAGGACUGUCACAUCGCGCCUGUGGAAACUAAGAGGACCCCGUGGAGUUGCAUCUUCUGCAGGAUGAAGGAGUCUUCAGGAAGCCAACAGUGUUGUCAGGAAUCUGAGGUCCUGGAGAGGCAGAUGUGUCCGCAGGAACAGUUGAAAUGUGAGUUCCUCCUCUUGAAAGUCUAUUGCUGUUCUGAGAGCUCCUUUUUUGCCAAGAUUCCAUACUAUUAUUAUAUUAGAGAGGCGUGUCAAGGCCUGAAAGAGCCCAUGUGGUUGGAUAAAAUCAAGAAAAGGCUGAAUGAGCACAGUUACCCCCAAGUGGAGGGGUUUGUACAAGACAUGCGCCUCAUCUUCCAGAACCACAGGGCCUCUUAUAAGAAUGAAGACUAUGUAGAGACCGCUCAGGACAAUGCAAAUGAAGAGUCCUGCGCAGGGCGACAAAGUGAAGAGAGCGUUCAUCCUCCGAAGGAGCUGUAGGACUGGCCAGCUGCAUCAGCAGGAGUGAGGAGAUUGUGUCUGGGAGUGGAUCCUGGUCCAGGAAGGGCGAAAUGUGAAACCAGAUAAGUGAGAAUUAUUGACAAAAGGACAAGCCUCUCUACCACAGAGUUUAACUAGCCUGGCAUGGGCCAAAGGUAACAAUUCUGAUAUACUCCUGGGUGGCUCCCAGAGACUUAGUGUAAGCCAUGCUACACAUUAAACCAAGUGGAAGCAGAGAUACCAGGACCACUGUGGCAGAGUCGGGGAAAAGGGGUCCCAAGAAUAUAGAAGUUGGUGUGCUAGAAUGACUCUGUGCUCUACAACUGGAGAAUCCAUCCAUCAGGCGACUGAGUUCCUCCAACGGGUGACACUACUAAGGUGUCUCCAACACUAACUAAGGUGAGAAGGAAUGCACUGCUGAGGGGGCAGCACAUCCUUGAGAAGCUCAAAGGUGGCUGUCCCCUGCAGGCUGGAAUAAUGCUAGGGAUGUUUUAUAGAACUGGAUCCCCCAGUAGUAAGCAAAAUGAUAGAAUUCCAGAAUAACAGAGGCCAAGUAGCAGCAUUUAACUGUGAGGACAAGAUAAAGUAAUUUCCCUAAGGGUCAUCAACGUUAGAGUGACAGCUGAGAGGCCUGGCCUGUAGGUGUCUAUGAAGACAGACACGCAUGGAUAUGCUCUUCCUACAGACAAGACAGAUGGGCAGCUGACAAGGAUAUUGCUUUAGAUAUAUAAUAAAAAAAAAAAUUGAAAAUUGAUGAGCAGAAUGCCAAGGUCACCUCUCUAAAGGUAAAGUCUAGACCCCUUUCCCAGCUUCCGAACCUCAGCCAGUUCUCAAUGGAAUCCAGAACCCACUGUUGGAAAUGAGGGCAGUUUCUCAUAAGGAAGAACCUUGUUAAUGUGCACAGCACUGAUUUCCUCGAGUUUUCACAGGAGGGCUCUACGGUCAUUUGUUCGAGUAACUCACAUGCUGGGGAAAGGAAAAUACACAGAUCUUUCAAGGGAUGUUGAGUACAAUGUCAGAGUUGAUGCUAAUCCCUGGGGACCCAAAGCCCUAUCGUAGCCCCUGUUAGAGUAGAGUACAUGGAGAUCAGGUAACGUCCGUCUCACAAUGGGCCCUCUGGAUCCACAGAGCCACCCAGCAAUCAUUUCCCCAGUUCCUGAAUGUAUAAUCAGGAUAUACAUUCAUACAUACAUCAUAAUACAUAGCAAUUGGCUGACCUGGUUCCUUAACCUGUGGUUUCCUAAACUAUGAAAUAACAAUGACUGUCUUAGGGAGGACCACGCAGAAGGCUCUGAAACUGAAGUUUCAUGGUGAAAAAAGAGUAAGUUAAAAGCAAUUAUCACAUUCUUGGGGAAUGAUAGAGAUUAGUGCCACCUACAAAGACGUGAAGGAGGCAGGGGUUGUUAUCCCAGUUACACCUCCAUUUUAAUUCAGCAGUCUGCCCUCUGGAAAAGCUAGGUGGUUCAUGCUACUAAACAACUACUAGAAACUUAACCGAAGAGUAACCCCAAUUACAGUUGUGGUGCCAUAUCACUUACUAAGCACAGCUUUAGUAAGUGAUAUGAAACUAUUAAUAUGGAAAUGCCACUUUUAAAGGAUCCAGCAGGUUAUAGGUUGAGAAGCAAUUCACAUUCUCAGGGAUUGGACAACAGUAUAUCUUUACAGUCUUGCUCCAGGGCAAUGUGAAUCCUGGUCUGUGUUACAAUAUAGCCUUUCUGGACACGACAUUGGUCCACUGGAUUGAUGACACUGUGUUCACGGGCCUGAUAAGCGAGAAAUGUUGACUAUUCUGAAUGACUUAGUAAGUCAUAAACACUGCAGGUGGUGGGAGAGAAACAUUGCAAAGAUUCAGAGAUAUGCCAUAUAGGUAAGCUUUCAGGGGUUCAAUGGUCUGGAGCAUGUCAGUGUAUCCCCUCCAAAGCUCCAUGCUAUUGUAGCUCAUAUUUCCAGCACUAAGAAACCCAGAGCUUGGUGGGCCUCCCCAGGUUAGGAGAAUCACCGUGGUUGACAUUCUGAUGAAUGUGAUUCUAGGCUUUGUAAUGUGUGUGUGUUUGGGAGUCAGGGAGUAGGGAGGCAGUGGGUAUACCAUCUUAAUAAAUAAAAAAUGCUUAUCGAUUUUUUUCACUUAAUAAUAUACAAUGGACAUUGUCACAUCAAUAAAUACAGCUCUACAUCAUUAUUGCCAUACCUUUCAUUUUUUCAUCCAGACUGAAUUGUUAUUGGCUAGUUAGUGAUUUUUGUCUUGUAAGCAACACUAACUUGUACUGACAGGCAGCGUAGGCUAGCAUUUAAGAGCACAGACUCUGAAUGUAGCCCAUGUAGGUAGAAGCUUAGCUCCUGCACGUGUCUACUUGUUGGCAGUGUGUGCGUGGGCAAGCUAUUCUUCCUUCCCCUGCACUGUUUCAUCUGUAAAAUGGAGGUAACUCUCUGGAUUAUUGUGAAGAUUAAUAAGUUAUUAUUUAUUGUUCACUUAGAAAGCUUCUGGCCUUGCAUGCAAUACAUAAGUAAUAAAUAAACAAAUCUAAGAUUAACACAAACACCCUUGUAUCAAUUCAGGCUCUUUGCCAUCAGUUGGGUCAAGAGAGACCCAAUUUAUCUAGGUGAGACAAAAAGUGACUUUGAUGAUGAAAUACACAGUGCCUCACAGAAAGGACUGGAAGGCAGGGGUACUGAGCUGGCAAAUAGCCCUGGAAAAAGGCAGGAAUCAGAGUGGUUCCAGGCAUUGAGCACCAGGAAUGAUGCAGCUGUGUCCUUAAGGAUGUUAAUAAUUUUACCAAUCUUUUUUUUUCUUUUUUAAAACAAACAAACAACUCCUCACAAUACUUCACUCAAGAGCCCAACUCCCACCAAACAGAUCUGGCUGGCCUGGCCUGCUCAAGGGCCAGCACUGUGUUUAACAUCCCCUCAUUCUUGCGCCCAGAAGGGAGAGCUCCUUCACCCAAAGGAACUGGGAACUGUUAGGAAAGGGGGAUGGAGGAGGCUGAACAGCCAAGAAAAUCAUAGCUGACCAAGGGAACCCACCUGGAACACUCAAGGCCUGGACCACUGCUGUCUAAUGGAGGAAUAGGGACAAUUCCAGGCCAGUCAGAGAGGCCGCAGAGUUGGGGGCUGCCAAGUUCUUUGGGUCCAUGGGACCAGGUAACUGUUUCCCUAUUGCCCUGUGCUGCAGAGGCAAAGUCUGAGUUGGUCACUGUUCUAGAAGGAAGGGGGUCUGCCUUACACCACUGGACAACCAAGAACAAGGACCGGGGCUAUACUGUCAUGGUGUCAAUCCAGUACACCCUCAUUCAAAGAGACGCUGGAUCCUGGGUGGGUUCCUACCCUGGGGGAGUGUGCCAUGUCUCUGGGCGCUUCCAGGACCUGGUGCUCUAAUUGUCUUGAGCUGGGAGGUCGUGAGCUCUUGGUAAUGACCUCUCAGCUGGGAUCUACCAUGGUGAGUCCUGGGCGUCAGCACACACUCUGCUCUGCUGAGCUGGGAGAAGCACAUUCCACCGGAAAGAAGGGUAGAUGGCCCUGAGAGGCUUCACAAAACUCUGGAAUUGGAGUCCAGGAACUAAAGUUGUCAUGACUGUUUCCUAUGACACCCAACUCUCACAUAUACCCAGUAGGGUACCAUUUAUUCCCUAAUUAGAUGCUCAGGGAAGUCACAGCAGGAAGGCGGCAGAGGGAAGACCAGGGCCUGCAUCCCUUGGAAAGAGGUGGCUGCUUCAGUAAGUUCCUGAAACCAGUACAGGAUUCGAUACCAUCACUCAAUCUCCUGUAACAAAGACAAAAAAUACACUUAGUCU